AUGAUAAAUGAUCGCAAAGAUCCAAUAGUAUUUCAAGUAAUUAUCAAAUAUUAUCUUAAAUCGAGAGCCAACUUUGAUAUUUCUGCAAUCCAACUUUUUAGUCUUAUAAGUCUAUAUUGCUAUUUCAGAUAUAGAAGUGGACGCUGAUUAAUUCCUUGCUGCUUUCUCCUUACAGGAAAUAUAAUCUAUGCAUCAGCAUAUUACUUACAGUCUUUAAGAAUGGCUAUUUUAUUUGAUUAUAUAAAGAAUAAGAAUUGAAAAGUUUACGAUGAAUUUUUAGAUCUUAUGUAUAGUAGCCCUAUAAUUGACUAA